AUGGGGAAUGGGACCCUCAGGGACACAGAAGCCAUCGACGGGAAGCGCGUGCGCCAUGUCAAGCCAAAGAAGACCAGGAAAGGACGGCUUAGGCUGAGCGGCUCCAGCUCCCAUUGCCAGGGGGUCCUGGAGGUGAAGAUCCGUGGUUCCUGGAGCAAUGUGUGCCUGGGAUCCUGGAAGCAGAAUACUUCCCAGAACCACCAGCAUCUGGACUUCCAGAACCAGGAUGCAUGGAAUGGUGUCUGCAAAGAGCUGAACUGUGGGGAGGCCUUGAUUGUGUGGGCCGCCCUGGAUUUCCCCGGUUACGAAGAGCAGGCCCAGAAAAUUCUCUGUCAUGGCCAAGAACUUUCCUUUUCUAACUGCAGCCGCCAAACCUCAAGCAGCAGCUGUCCCAAGCAUCUGACCCUGGUCUGUCUAGAGCCAACUCCUGCCUCACCUGCGCCCACAAGCCCCCAGCCCACCACCCAGCCUAAAUCCACUGGCAGUCCGGGCCUCUGGCUGCUGCAGGGAGACCACCACUGCUCCGGAACGGUGAUUUUCUACGACGGACUGACCGUGGGCACCAUCAGCUACAAUAAAAACACCUGGAACAAGACCCUGGGGAACAGAAUCUGCCGGACCCUGGAUUGCGGGAACUACCUAGACGUCUUGAAGGAUCAGGAGGCGAAAGCGAGCUUACCGAUGAGCUGGGAGAUCAUCGAUGGCUCGUGCCCUCCCCUCCACACCUGCUUCAACAAAAGCAGCCCCCAGGACACCCCGUCCCUGGCUGUUGUCUGCUCUAAUUUCCAACCAGAAGUGAAAAGCCGGCUGACGGGAGGAACCAGCCACUGCAGCGGAGUCAUGGAGGUGUUUCACCAGAGCAGCUGGAAAACUCUGGGGAAACUCCAGAGCGAUUCAGUGUGGACGGACGUGUGUCAGCGGCAGGAGUGCGGGGCCCUCGUCUCCAAAGAGACGCUACAAGAUUCCAGCAGAAAAUCCCGGGAGAUGAUCAGAUGCCUGAAAGUAAACCUCUCCGAGUGUUACACCUUCGAGGAUUGCCCCUCAGCCUGCAAAGGCGUCACUGUCACGUGUCUGGAUCCGAACCCAGCCCCCUUGGGCGCCGGCACCGUGAUGAGCGUCAUCUUGACGCUGAUUCUCAUGGGGAUCCUCUUGGUCAUCUGCGGCCCUCCGGCCUACAGGAAGAUCGUCAAGAAAUUUCGCCAGAAGAAGCAACGUCAGUGGAUCGGCCCCACGAGAAUGAACCAGAACGUGUCAUUCCAUCGCAACCAAACCAUGACCGUCCGGCCCCAGGUGGAAAACCCCGGAGCGUCCACCACGGAGAACGACUACAGCCGCACACCCAGGAACUCCAACCUCUUGCAGCCUCCCAGGAACUCCAGCCUCUUAGCUUAUCCAGCUCUCGAAGGGGCCCUGACUCAGGCCUCCAACGCCCCGGACAACUCCUCUGACAGCGACUACGACCUGCACGGGGCCCAGAGGCUGUGACGGGACACGGGCCCGAACCCACGCCCGGCCGCCCUCAGGCCCACAGCCUCCCCCUUUACAGGUAGACCCUUCUCGGCACGG